AUGGAAGUACCUGCUGUAAGGAUCGAGGUAAUGGAAAUACUGCCUAGAGCCCCAAGUUGGGUGGAGGACAUAUUCAGGUAUUUGGAAACCAAUGAGGUGCCAGAGGACAGACAGAAGGCCAAGAAGAUUAGAAAUAGAGUAGCCCGCUACACUCUAAUCGAGAGAAUUCUGUAUUGGAGGGGCCACUCGGCACCUCUCUUGAGGUGCAUCUCCAAGGAAGAAGCGCAAUACGUGUUGGCAGAAAUACACAAAAGGGCUUGUGGGAGUCACUCAGGAGGAAAGGCGCUGGCAGGGAAGGUAAUGAGGGUGGGGUAUUACUGGCCUCGUGCCCUGAAGGAUGCCAAGAAGUAUGAGCGAAAAUGUCAGAAGUGCCAUGAAUAUGCCAAGGUGCCCCAUUUCCCAUCUAAAGAGUUGGCGUCGAUCACCUCGUCUUGGCCUUUUGCCCAGUGGGGAAUUGACUAG